AUGUCCGAGGAGUCGGAACGACACGAGGAGUCGGCGAGUGACGGCGUCUCCGGCAGCCUCACAAACGUGGCGCGCGUGUUGUUGACCUCGGUCCAACUCGACACCGCAACCGCGGAGUCACUACGUGCCUCGUGGAGAAACCAGGACUUGUACAUUGACCAUCUUGAAACGUUGAACAAGCAGCUGGAAGGAAGCUUGGAAAAGGCGAAAGAGGUAGAAGAUAGGAUAAAACAACAAUAUGCAGAAUCACAACAUCGAGAGAAGAUUCUUGUUAGGAGAUUGGCAGCUAAAGAACAAGAAAUUCAAGAUUAUGUAAGUCAAAUCACAGAAUUAAAAUCAUCACAUGCAAGUCUUAAUGGCAGGCCAUCACUAUUAGAUCCAGCCGUGAAUAUGCUAAUAUUAAGAUUAAAACAAGAACUUACUUCAACAAAAGCAAGGUUGGAAGAAACACAAAACGAAUUAUCUGCUUGGAAAUUCACACCAGACUCAAAUACAGGGAAGAAACUUAUGGCAAAGUGCAGAUUGUUACAUCAGGAAAAUGAGGAUCUAGGCCGGAUGACCUCUAGUGGUCGAAUAGCAAAGUUAGAAGGUGAUUUGGCAUUACAGAAAAGCUUUAGCGAGGAAGUUAAGAAGUCACAAUCAGAAUUAGACGAGUUUCUGCAGGAGUUAGACGAAGAUGUAGAAGGCAUGCAGAGUACAGUGCUGUUUUUGCAGCAGGAACUACGCGCGUCUCACGCAACUGUGAACGGUAAUAGGACUUCCCCUAAACGGACUUAUUCUGGAAGUGAAUGCAGUGAUACACCCGUUGGCAAAAGAAGGAGAGCCUCAGUGUUAUCGUUAGACUAUAACGAGGAAGAAGAACCCCUCACAGUCACCAAUGGUGAGGCAGAC